AUGGAAGUCACUUUCCUCCAAGAGAGCUCAAUGCUGUAUUCAGUUGUUCUAUGCUGCUUGCCUUUCAUCGUCGUGUUACUUUUCUUUGGCUGGUCUAAGGUGCGGCGAAGAAACACUCCUCCUGGGCCGUUCGGUUUGCCUCUAAUUGGCAACUUAUUCCAACUGGGAGAUUCUCCACACAUCGCUCUAACAGACAUGGCCCAAGUUUAUGGAGGCGUCUUUUGCAUCCGUCUUGGUGCGAGGAAGGCCAUCGUUUUGAACAGCCACGACGUUGUAAAAGAGGCCCUCGCGAGGAGGUCUUACCAUUUCUCCUCGAGACCGCCCUUUCACAAUUUCCUAAUUAGCAGCAAUGGAGGUAAGAGCAUAGCGUUUGGCUACAGUGGUCCUUUGCAUAAAAGAAACAAAAAACUGGCCUCUCGUUCCCUACAUGCUGUUUUCAGCGAUGUAAAACGUUUUAACACUGUAGCGCAACAAGAAACGGAGCGCUUUUGUAGAGAGCUGAUAGAAAGCACUAGCGGAGCUCUCGACUUGACUAGUUACAUCAGAGAUCUAUUGAUCAAUUUUACAUUUAGACUUGUGUUUGGAGAUAACUUUAAAACAAAUUACGUGGCUGAAUUCCAGAGCAUCUUGAAGAGAUCAACUGCCUUUAUUGAGAACAAUGCUGUCGUAAACUUGCUCGACUUUUUCCCGUGGCUUCACUUCGCUUUUCGAAAGCAGUGCAAGGCUUUGAAAGCCUCUGUAAGGGAACUGAUCGACUUUGUGGGGAAAGUUUACAAUCUGCAACGCCACGCGAGUGUGGAAGACGCUGGCGUCAAUGCUGCUGCAUCGUUGGAUAAAAUCAUCGAAGAAGAAAUUGAAGAAGAAGUUAAGAUGCAGUUAGACAACGACUCUGUAGUCACAAUUGUAGCUGAUAUCUUUGGAGCAGGCAUCGAAACGGUGUCCACAGCGUUUCACUGGGCGCUGCUCUUUAUCCUCUCUGACCCUGGCUUGCAGAAGGAGCUGCAAGCUGAACUGAAGCGCGAGAUAGGAACAGAUCGCCUUCCCACUCUUGAAGACCGCGCAAGGCUGCCUCUGCUACAAGCUACCGUACUUGAGGUUCUGCGUAAAGCUACUGUUGUCCCCUUAGCACUCCCACACUAUACAACUGAAGACUCAACUGUUGCUGGCUACCAUAUACCCAAAAAUUCCACCGUGAUAGUGAAUCUCUGGGCUUUGAGCCAUGAUGCAAAUCACUUCCAAGAACCAGAGGCUUUUAAUCCGUAUCGCUUUCUUGACGAGGCUGGGCAGAUUCGGCUGGAUUUGCAGCCGCUUUUCCUUCCUUUCUCCAUUGGUGGAAGGCGUUGCCUCGGUGACACCCUAGCAAAGGCUGAGCUGUUUAUGUUCCUGGGUUGUAUGCUGCAGCUUGUGAAUCUUCAGCUUCCCUGUGACAGUGAAAAACCUAACCUGCAUGGUGGAAAAUUUGGAUUAACUUUGAAACCUUUCCCUUUCAAGGCUCAUGUAGUUCCAAGAACCACUGAACAAUAUGAACAUUAG